AAGCGAGACUCAGCGCCAAUACCAAAAAUUCUUGGUUUCAUCAACUUGUUCUCCUUUUCCUCUCACUCAAAGGCCAGCUAAGUCCACACUCACUUACUCUUCCUUCUCCGGCGAACUUCGCUUCUACUCUUUGUACCCCCCGCCGAUCAUUUUUUCUGGCGAAGCCCAGUUGUAGCUAACAGCUUCAUCCAAAGAUGAGUUCCAGCAAAUGGGUUGGGAAGCCUUCUAAUUCAUCAGAAAAGCAGAAAGCUACUUCUACACCAACGGUUGAUGAGAUAAAUCUAGGUGUUGGGGAUAUGUGCUUGAACUCUGAACAAAAUGAUGGAUGGGAAGUGUGUGCUAGGAAGCCCAAGAACAAGGGUGGAAGCAGUGCUGGGAAGCAAUGGGCUCCGCAGAAUCCCAGUCCAAAAGCUUGGGGAAACCAGAAUACUAAAGCUUGGGGUCAUCCAGAUGUUGUUAAGAAAUCAGGAACGCGUAACAAUGCUGGAUCUGGACAGGGUUCUGUAAAUAACUGGUCUACACCUAGUGAUCCUCAAAAGCUUGCAAGGCCGCAUCUGUAUGAUGGAGGUUUCCCAUCACUUGCUGCAGUUCCUCCAGCUCUGAAGAAUGGUUGGGAUUGGUCUGCUAGAGUUGCCUCAGCUCCUCCCAAGGAUAAUUCCCCGGUUGCUGAUGAUGAUAAGGCCAGUGAACAUGAUGCUGAGGAUAAUGAAUUGGAUUUUCUUGAUGAAAGUGAUGAUGACCUUCAGAGUGAUGACUUUGAUUCAGAUGUGGCUGAAAUGAGUUAUGAGAUGCGCAAGAAAAAUCGUUGGUUCAAACAACUUUUUGAAUCUCUUGACAGUUUGACUGUUACUGAGAUUAAUGAUCCUGAACGACAAUGGCACUGCCCUGCAUGCAAAGGUGGUCCAGGCGCAAUUGAAUGGUUUACAGGGUUGCAAUCAUUGAUGACCCAUGCAAAAACGAAAGGAUUAAGGGUUAAAAUACACAGAGAACUUGCUGAAAUUUUGGAGGAAGAGCUGCGUCAGAGAGGUACUUCUGUUGUACCGCCAGGUGAAGUGUAUGGAAGAUGGGAUGCCAUAGAAUUUAAAGAUAAAGAAAUAGUGUGGCCACCAAUGGUUAUUAUCAUGAACACGAGGCUUGAUAAAGAUGAAAAUGACAAGUGGAUUGGAAUGGGAAAUCAGGAGCUGCUUGAGUGUUUUAGCUCUUAUGCUGCUAUCAAGGCUCGACAUUCAUACGGUCCACAAGGCCAUCGUGGCAUGAGUUUGUUGAUUUUUGAGGCCUCUGCAGUGGGAUACAUUGAGGCUGAUCGUCUCAGUGAGCAUUUUUCUGAAAAUGGAAGAGAUAGAGAUGCGUGGGAACGUUGUCCAGUUCGCUUUUAUCCUGGGGGGAAACGUCUGCUUUAUGGUUACAUGGCAGAUAAAAGAGACAUAGAUAACUUUAACCAGCAUUCAACUGGGAAAUCGAGGUUGAAGUUUGAGAUGCGGUCAUAUAGAGAAACUGUUUGGAAUCCAGCGAAACAGAUGAGGGAAGAUAAUCAACAACUAAUAUGGUUCAAGAACAAAGCUGCUAAACACCAAAUGCAGGCUAAAGCUCUUGAAGAGUCUCUGAGUCUGGUGAGUGAAAAACACCGUCAGACAUUGGAAGAGAACAAGAUUGUCAGAUUGAAAACAAAGAUGCACCAUGAACAUAUCAAGGAAGAGAUGGAGUAUCAAGAGCAGUUUUUCAAGGAUCAGAUCAAAAAAAUUCGCGAUGCCAGGACUGCUGAGGAGGACAAGUUUGAAAAGAUACAGCAGGAGCAGCGUGAGAUGGUCAAACAAUCUAAUGCAAAUACUUCCUCGGUUGAGGAUCAUCGAGUCAGGGCAGAGAAAGUUGCCAAAUUUAUCAAACUUCAGGACAAGGAAAUGGAAGAGUUUGUGGAGGAGAGGGAGAAUCUGAUACGAACUCAUGAUGAUACGAUAGCUGAAUUGAGACGCAAAUACUGGGAAGAGGAGGUUGAACUUGAGAGGAAAUUCGACCUUGAACUGGCUAAGCUGAUGGAGAAGUACUCUCCAAAGCAAUCUGAUCAGGCCAAUAGCAGUGGCACCAUGUGACCCAUAUUCUUGUAGUAUUCAAAUACCAUAGGUGCUUAAUUGAUGAUGAACUUAGGAUGUAUGGCAGUAUGGCUUCAAACAUGUGAGAAAGGCCCUUUCUAUCUCAUUAGUCAAGUGCGCUAGUUGUGAGAAAAUGAAUGCGCUUAACGCGCAACGGCUUUUGCACUGCACAAACUUUUGUUAUAUUUUGGUCUGACCAUGAUUUCUGAUGAUGAUAAAACAAGCAAAUGCCCUUGAACUAUUCAGAUACUUUCAAGGGUUAUAUUUGUUUUCGGGUUGUGAAACCUGUCUA